AUGAGUUCCACGACAGAACCGGAUCACUACUACGACUAUAUUGUCUGCGGUGGCGGCACUUCAGGAUGUGUGCUCGCAGCACGUCUUGCGGAAAACCCUGGCGUAACUGUCCUUGUCAUCGAGGCAGGCCAGAGUAGCAAAGAACUCGAAAAUGUGCACAUGGUCGGGGGAUGGUCGCAAAAUUUUGACUCCGAAACCGAUUGGAAUAUCGUCACGGAACCAAUGGCCGGGGUAAACGAUCGUCAAGUGAAAUUGAGCCGAGGAAGAUUCCUUGGAGGAUGCAGCGGCUGUAAUGGAACACUUUGCAUUCGUGGGUGCAAGCAGGACUAUGACGACUGGACGAUGGAGGGCUGGAGUGGCGAUGAAUUCUUCAAUGCUAUGAGAAAGGCCGAGACCUUUCACAGCAAGCCAUGGUUCAAAGAAGAUGCAAAGAGUCACGGCUCCUCCGGGCCUUUACACACCGAGCCCCAUGACCUCGCCCCCAUCUCAAACCUCUUGAUGGAUUCCUUCGUCUCCCAAGGUUUGCCCUUGGAUCCAGAUAUGUUCAGUACCGGAGAAACACCACAUGGAGCCGGGCAUGUUGUCCGCACCGUAUACGAGGGCCUCCGAACCACCAGUGCGGAUUUCAUUCUGAACGAGAAGGAGCAAGUAGGAAACAUCAAGAUAAAGACCGAUACUUCUGUCAACCGCGUGGUCUUGGAAGGAGACGCAGCUUCUGGCCUGCGUGCCACGGCAGUCCAAGUCCAAGGUGCUGAUGGUAUUGAGCACACAUACUUUGCAAGAAAGGAGAUUGUCAUUAGCUGUGGCGCUUACUGUAGCCCGGCCGUUCUCCUGCGCUCCGGUAUUGGGCCAAAAGAAGAGCUGGCUAAGCACGGUAUCGAAUGCCUGGUCGAUCUGCCUGGUGUCGGAAAGAAUUUGAUGGACCAUCUUAUUGUUUUCAUGUUCUACGAGACUGAAAAGGAGGGUCUGACAACCGACCACCAUGUUUACCAUGGUGAUAAUUUCGCAAAGACCUAUGCGCUCUGGAAAGAGAAGAAAGAGGGCUUUCUGUCCACGUUCCCCUUUGGUGUAUUUGCCUUUGCUCGGCUUGACGAACGCCUGAAGGAUGAGCCUCUGUGGAAGAAUGCUCACCGUCAACCCGGCCGUGACCCAAUGGGUUUGACUCCGAAACAACCAAACAUUGAAUUCUUCACCACUGAGUGCUACGGUGGUCCGAAGCAAUACAACCAGUUCCCAGUAGAUGGCAAAUAUGCAUUCUCGAUGAUUGCCGAGCUAUUCGGGCCCCGAUCGCGAGGCUCUGUAACGCUCAAUUCCAAAGACCCUCUCCAAAAUCCCAUUGUAGACUGUAAUUACCUUUCAGACCCGUUGGACAUGUUGGUUCUCUCCGAGGCCUGUCGAUUCGGCAAUGAGAUUGUGAUGAAUGGGGCUGGUACAAAGGAUAUUGUCAAAGGGUCUUGGCCUCCAUCUUCUGGCCACCACGCCUUCAAAACGCGAGAGGAAUGGAUUCCGUAUGUCAAGGAACAUGCCACUACCUGUAUGUUCCCAUACUUUACUUCUGCCGCUUGCUACCACGCUUCCGGUACAUGCGCCAUGGGCAAGGAUGACAGCCCUAUGGCCGUGCUGGACAACAAACUGCGCGUGCGAGGUGUAUCUGGACUACGGGUAGCCGAUUGCAGUGUUAUGCCAGCUUUACACAGCGGCCACACUCAGAUGCCCGCUUAUGGAAUUGGUGAGAGAGCUGCGGAUAUAAUAAAGGAGACA